CAGACGUUAAAAUUUGCCGGCGCAGGACUCUGAACAGUAAACAAUUACUUCAACUUAAACAAAAACUAAAAAAUACACUUAUCUGUAAAUUAAACCAAAAAAUUAAAUUUAGGAAACAAUGAAAACCGAACUUAUUGCCAAUAGUUGCCGGAUAUGUUUAACACAAACAAAAAAACUACGUUCCUUAUACAAACCAAUCGAUGAAGGAGACGAACCGCCAAAUGAAAUGUUGCAUCUUAUUACAGGAAUCCAAGUGGAAAAGUUGGAUGAGCAUGAAACGUUGCCAAAAAAUAUUUGUAAAAAUUGUGAACUGUCAUUAAACAUGGCAUUUGAGUUUCGGGAAAAUGCCCUCAGGACUCAGGAAAUUAUAAUGGCAUAUUUGAAUGAAUUAAAUGGCUAUGAAAGCAAUGAAGAAAGUAAUAAGUCACAGAUUUCCAAUUACAAAGCAGAAUAUGAAGAAAUAAUGAAUUUGGAACCCUUGGAUUGUGUAGAUUCGUUAGAGGAAGAUAUUCAAAUCUUAAGUAAAGAUACACAAAAAUCAGCAAUAGGAAAUGAUGAAGAAUUAAACGAAGAAGCUAGUGGUGAUGAAAAUCCUAUAGGAGAAGAGGAGGAACAAGAGGAAUAUUAUAAACAAGAAGUAUCAUAUAUUUUAAAAAAUACCGAAGAAAAUGAGAAUGAUGAGGAAAAUGAUCAAGAUAAUUAUACAGAAAAUCAACCGGAAGAAGAGGAAGACAAAGAAGAGGAUCAAGAAGAAGCAAUGUGUGAGGAGCAGGAGGAAAUUGCCUACAAAGAGCAGGUUAUGACUACAGAGCAAAAAGAUCUCAAUGAAAUGCAAAAAACUUCAACUAAAAGCACCAAUGGUACAAAAACUAUUAGAAAGAAAACAAUGAAGUUGAAGUCUAAUGACACAACAGGUAAUAUGAAACAAAUUUCGCGACGUGGUCGUAAACCCAAUAACUCCAAAAAUGAAAAUGGUCAUAUUUGUGAUAUAUGCGGCAAUGUAUUUGCCAAACUGGGACGUAUGAUGGAACAUAGACAGCGUCAUGAUAAGGAGCAUCGUUAUAGUUGCGAGAUUUGCAAUCAAACAUUUCUUACACGAGAGCUUUUACGCAAACAUAUGUUCUCCCACAGUGGUGGCAAACCAUUAAAAUGUAAAUAUUGCUCCCGAACAUUUUACUAUGAAAGUGUACGUAGAGCUCAUGAAGCGGUACAUCAAGGCCACAAACCCUACGUUUGUGAUGUCUGUGACAAAGCUUUUAGUUAUGCCCACGCCUUAAAGAAACACAAAUUAAUACAUGCCGAAAUUAAACUAUAUCGUUGCGAAUACUGUGCAAAAGAUUUUCGCCUGCAGCAUCAUCUGAAACAGCAUGAAGAGACAAGAUUGCAUCAAAAUACAGUACGUCAUGCACAUGGUGCUAAAACUUAUGGAGAUUAUUAUAUACCAGGCCAAGACGAACAAGAUGAAGAUAUUAUAUUUUUAGAAGAGAUCGCUGAUGACCAACUGGCCACUGAUAGCUAAAAUGUGAAGAAGUCCAUAUAUUAUGUUAUAGAUAAUCUAUUUAAUAAUUAGGAAGCAUACCAAAUAAUAAAUUAUGAUUUUAAA